GAGUUCAUUGAUGAGAACAGAAGUUGUACGGUGUCGGUGGAGUGAAGAACCCCUACGCUUCCAUAUUGUCGUAGCAUUUACUGAAUUAUUCUCGUAUUGUGCGCGCUGUUUACUAAGUGUCGUGAGAAACCUGCAGUGCAUAAUACGUCUGUGUCGUCGAGUAAGACGGGAACAACAUUAAUAGUUUUUAAGCUGCAAUUUUACCAGGCCUAAAAAUCAGUUUGCACAUUAUAUGCUAACCUAGGCCAGUACAAGUGCUGUUUUUUAUUAUUUUUUUUUUCUGAGGACGAGCCCGAGUGUAUUUAUAAGUGUUAUUGAAAGUGUAGCAUGAGAGAAAUGACAAGCAUGGCCCUAGUGGUGCAAGAAAGAGACAGGCCCUCUCCAAAAGUGUGGCAGCCGUGGUACAUGGAAGAGAGUGAGGGUGGCGGGGGCAAAGAGCUCCCUAGCCGGGCGCACCGUGAGCAGAGGGCCCGGGAAAGGCUCAGCCUUCACUAUCAUCACCAUCACCACUACAGACCACACAGGACAACUCCGAGCCCGGAGCGGGCGUGCUCCAGCGAAGACGAGAUCAACGUGGUGGACUCCCCCCCACCCCCUCCCCACUACGCCCACGCCUACUACACCACCCACACCGCCCACAUGGACGACGACGUCCCCUUAGACAUGAGCACGAAGCGUCGCUCGCCCCCCACCCGCCCAUUCCCCCAUCGCCCCACCUCCAACUCCCCCUCCCCGCCCCCUUACCACCCGCGCCCAACCUACCUGCCCGCCCCAGCCCGCGCCCGUCCUACGGUCAUUACGUGCGUCCCCCAACGGUACCUCGAGCUGCCUCCGGCGGAGCCCGCCCACGUACAGCCUCACAGGGAGCUCCCGCCCGCGUAUUCCGAACGCCCCCUGCCACCGCCUUACAGCGUCGCCACCGCCCACCUGAACCAACAGAGGGCGUUGAGCGGUCGUGAGCCGCCCGCCCAUACUACGCGCCCGGUGGUCACGGCCAGCACCCCUCCGAGCCCCGCCCACAGGGAGUCACGAUCGGAGGAGCCGCCCACCUCCCGCAGACAGGUGGUACAAGCAGUUGAUGACCACUUCGCCAAGGCCCUCGGAGACACCUGGGUCAAGUUGCAGGCCAAGCGCCGUGACUCCACGGCGAGUAGCAGCAGCAGUAACAGCAGCAGCAACAGCAACAACAGCAGUAACAGCAACAGCAGCAGCGGCAGUAGCAGCAGCAGCAGCAGUGCCUUGGGAACGGUGGUAGGCGUGGUGGGCGGCGGCGCUACGAUCGUAAGCCGUCUGAGCCCGGCCCGAAGUUCGCCGCCCCCGCCGCCCGUACCGCGGCUCAUAUCGACGUGAACGCGUCUCGGGGGGGGCGUCGCGUUUUGGCAAUCAGUCUUCUUCGACUUCUUCUCUUCUGCUGCUGCGUCGAGGAUUUUAAAAUGAAGAAGAAGGCACGCGCUCACUUUUGUUUUUACAAAAAACGCUCUCAAGGAGGUGGAGUCUAACCGUCCCUCUCCGGAUACGUCAAGUUUCAAGACUUUAGGAUUGGUGUCUCUCUCAUCCUUUCACCCUGAAGUGACGGGGUCCUUUCGGCGUCGUGAUUGUUGUAUUACUUUGUUAAAGAGCUUUUCGGAGGUAUAGUAUAGACUCCUAAGCCUCAGGUGGUCCAAAGAGCAAAACGCUAUUCCGUAGAGAGGAAGAGGGAGGAGAAUUAUACAGGGUGUCCAUAAAGUCCCUAUACCAUUACGAGUAUUUAUUGCUUGUAAUGAUACUGGGACUUUAUGGACACCCUGUAUAGUGACACUCGAUGAUCAUAACCCCCUUUGAAAAAACCGCCCUCGUAUGACCUCGGGAGUCCCAAAAGUGGCCCCUAGCGUUGUGACCCUGGCAGUCAACAUGGGACCAUUAUUCAUCUGGGGUUCCUCCACUCCACCUGUACCCAGGCUCGCAAUAAUUUGUCAUCUUGCACAACCCUCCUUCCCUUCUCCUCACAGCCUCUCUCCACUUAGCUGCUCACACUACAACAACAAAACCAUCAGCGUCUCAUAGACCUUGAGUGUUCUGCUGUGUCUCUCUCCCUUUCUUUGUGUCGCUGGGAAUAACGCAAGGCAGAUAAACAGACACUCAAGAUGUGAAUCAUUGCUAUUGUGCCCUGACCACUUAAAGUGGAUAAUCACUGCAACACACUUUUCGUUUUCGUCCUUUAUAGAGAGAGAGAGAGAGAUAGAGAGAGAGAGAGAGAGGUUUGAUGCUGAUGCUGCUGCAGCGGCGACUAUUGUGACUUACCUCUCUCUCUCUCUCUCUCUCUCUCUCUCCUCUCUCUCUGUGUGUGUGUGUGUGUGUGUGUGUGUCGCGAGCCAGUUACUGCCACUUUUUUUUUCUUUUUUGGCACAUGUUGGUAAAAAGAUGCUAUUUGUGACGAGACAUUUCAUAUCAAACCAGUUUACCACAUGUGAUCAGAACUUGAAGUUGGCGUUUGUAUGUGUGUGUAUGUAUCAUCUCUUUGGACGAGAAGGUUAAUGACACGUACCAAAACAUACAUGGAUACAUUGCUCUUUGGAUCAGGUCAGUAGUGCAUACAUGUAUAAAUUGCUCUUGGAUUUAUGAACGAAAAUGAUCCCGUGAUCCUGUUGCUGGGGAAAUGGACGAGACCUUCUUACUUGGUACCUCUUCACUAAGCAGGAACAUCGCCUUGGACGCUAUAUGGGCCUUUAAGGGCACAGACAGACAGACAAACAAACAAACAGACAGACAGACGAUACAGAGAAUCGAUGAUGACAGGUUCACAGAAAGUUUGAUGGUGAUUAUUUCAUUACCAAUAUUUUUUUUUUUUUUUGUCUCCUUUCUCCUAAUCUUUCUUUCUUGAAUCUCAGUCGAUAUCUUAGGUUUAAAUCUGUUGAUUUAUAGUAAUAAUGAUGUGACGACGCAAAAAAAGUCGCUUUUGUGACUGGAAAAGGUUUUUGCUGUAUUUAUUGUACAUAAGUGUAAACCAUUCUGUAUAUAUAUGGAAUCUGUAUAUAUUGCUUUUGAUUUGUAAAUAUUAAAUAUUAUAUGAAUAUUAUAUUAAUCAUGUGAUCAAAAUGCUAUUGUUUAUUGUCUGUUGAUAUUUCUAUUUCCCGACUUGGAAAAACAGAUGUUAUGAUGUGAUGCUGAUGACUUCACAUAGGCAUUUUAGAUAGGUGUCAAUUUUUAAUCAUUAAAGCUGUCAUUGUAAUUCGGUCAUAACGAUAAGGUUUUAAAUGUUAUUUAUGGUCCGGAGUGUGUUGUUGCUUUCUCUUUGAGACUCUUUCAUUUCGUUCAAAUCGUGGGUUUGACAUUUAGUAAGCGUAGGACGGUGGUCUUGUCAGAAUGCUCAGUAAAAUCGUUGGGUCCCAUCUGUCAAUGAGUUCCUCCUCCUUCCUUACACUUUUGUAUCCUUUUUGUCAACGUACUUGUCCCUUGAUCUUCUUCCAUCUUGAAUCAUUCAGGCUAUAAAGUUACGUAUAUUUGUCCAAUUGGUAAUCCGCUUGAUGAGCCAAUCAGUUUAAUAUUUUUUUUUCCUGAAAUAAGUUAUCCGCGACCCCUUACUUUGUAAUUUAGUUCCCUCUGAGGAUUAAACUUUAAAACUUCUUUUCCUCUUGAUAAGACUCUUCAGAAAUUCAGAACAGAGAGAGAGAGACAGAGAGAAAAGAGGUAUCUUCUUCGUCCCAGAAAUCAAGGUGAGGGAGGGGAAGGGAAGGGGGGGGGGAUGGGGGUUGGAGCUGUAUAGGUGAAUUGCAUAGCAGAGAAAAAGCGAUUGAACAUUGUUGCAGGGCAUUAGUUUAUUCUCAGUAUUUGUUCGUCUGUUCAACACGCCUCUUGUCACUGCUGAUGUUGCGUUAGAUUCUGGAACGAGAUUGGCUGUUCAUCUUCUUUGCCAGUUUAUGCCGCGUCUCCUUCCCCACCAUACAUAUAUAUCUUUCUAUUUGUCUAUCUUCCCAAGUAUCCGUCUGUGAUCUCUCUCUCUCUCUCUCUCACCCUCCAGGUCAGCUUUGAAUUAAGAUCUUAGAACCGGGGUCAUUCAGAACUUGCUUUUCGGUAACCUGGGCAUUAAACCCUCCUCUGCUGUUCUUGCAAAUGAGUAAGCCAUUGGCCACUUCAUUCAAAUAACGGAUCUUCACAUAAUGAACAGUGUGAAAUUAUUUGAUAAUAAUUCCCAAAGGCAGAACGGUACUAUAUACAUGCUACUCACAUGAUCUUCUAUCUUGCGCGAAUCGCUUACUGGUCCUUCAGAAUGUAAUCUUCCGUUUUCUCUCCCGUCUCUGGCGUCUUCUGGUGAAAUGUUACGUGUUUGACUUGGAAUGUCUCACCAUCUUUCGUGUUUCCGUGUCCUUCAUCGGCCACGCCCCUUCUCUUCUGUAUGAUCGUAUACACUCCAUUCAUGGGCCAACAUGACUCUCAAUACGGUUACUGAUCUCAUUAUAGUUUUUUGUGUUUUUAUUAGUGCUUGUACUGAUUAUUAUUAUUAUUAUAUAUAUAUACGUAGAGAUAUACAUAUAUUUGAAUAUUAUAGAUAUAUAUUAGGGUAUAGACUAUUAUUGAUGAUGUAAUGCAUCAGUUUUUGGGGAGACAAUGCACAAUGUAUGUGCUUGUUGGUCCUUCUGUUUUGACCACUUUUCAUGUUUUCGGAAAUUUCAGAAAUUACUGUUAGGCAAUUAAUUACGUUGACGUGUUCGGUGUCGUUGUUGUUGUUGUUAUUGAAAUGGACGAUGAACUUUUUUUAAUUUAUUUUUUUUAAAGGAGCCCUGUUUAAGCACCAAGCAGAAUGCAUGACUGAAAAUAUAAACAAAGUGUCAACAAGAUCUGUGUCGUCUUGUGGGUGUAUAAUACUUGAUAUAAUUGUAACAGGUUUUUUUUUUAAUUAAUUUAAUGUAUGUAUGAUCUGUGUAUUUUUGUUAAAUGGUACUUAAUGUACAGUAUACCGUAAGCUGUGUCUAUGCAACGUUCAUUGCGUGUUUUGUAAAAGGCUUUUUUUUAAUGUUCUCUGUAAAUUAUAUCUAAAUUAUUUCUAUCCCGCUCUAAAGAUUUGGGUAGGGGUGAGGGGGCGGGGGACAUAUCCCCCUCUUUGAGUCUGUGUUAACUUCACCAACGAAUCAGUGUUUUUUUUUUAUAUAUAUAUAUAAGAGACCAGACUUCAAUUUUUUUUCCUUUGAUAAGAAAACAGAUCUCACGAGUUGAUGACCAAUCUGACUCUUUUUAGAUAAAGGAAGUUCUAGGAAGUUGUAGAAGGAUGAAGUUUUAACCUUGAUGGAUGGAAGUUUUGGAUGCGCAAUAAAGCUUUAAGAUGAACAAAAAUUAUUUUUCUCUAAUAAACUGCCGAAAAAAAAUUUAUAAAAAAAAUAAUUGUUAUUGUAUAUGCCAACUGUUUACAUAUAAAAGAUGUCGAUAACUUUCGUCUACUUCACUAAUUUUAAGUCUCCAUGUUAUAACGGAAGAGGUCACAGGUUAGUGAAAAUAAAUGUUAACUUAACACAGUUUUGUCAACUGUAUAUUUUUUCUUGUUUUUUUUUUAUUUAUAUUCAAUUCCGUUGAGUCGUUUGUCUUAUUUUUCAUGAAACUUGUUGCAGUGUACAUUCAUGAACUUUGACUGUUAUAGAUUUCAUGAACUUUGACUGUUAUAGAUUUCAAGUUGUUCUUGAACUCGGGCCUUAAUAUUCGGUCUACUUUAUAUAAGUCCAGCCCUCUUUGCCAUCAUGGCGAAUGCUGUUUAAUGAAUUAUUGACAAAUUAUCAAGUGGUUCAGAUGUUGUUGUCAUUUGGCGAUCUUUUACUAGAUAAUGAUAAUCACGUUUCGAUUUGCAUUAGAAUAGAAUUGUGAUGAUGAUUGAUGCUUAAAGAAAAGGUAUUAGAAAAAUUUUUUUCUUUAUUAUUAUUAUUAUUAUUAUUAUUAUUAUUAUUAUUAUUAUUAUUAUUAUUAUUUUAGCCUCCCGUUGAGUCGGCUGGCUCUGUCAAGCUCUCCUGUUUUAAGAUGAGAAUCAGUAUGUAGUGCUACAAAAUAAAUUAUUUACAUUA